UAAGUCUUCUGCUUGCAAUGCGUGGACAAUGUCUGCUGCUCUGAGACUUAUCUGAAGAAUGGUGACCCUGAGGAUAACUCUAGCAGCCUUUGUGCUUUUCAUCCAAACAUCUGAAUGUUCUAUUAGAAAUGAUUCGCCAUUCACACUCAGUAACACGGCUUCUGGUUUCUGUUUGGUGAAAAAAACAACCCGCUGCCUUGAUGUGCGCUGGACGACCGGGAAUCGUCUUUUUGUUGUCUCAACCAAAAAGUGCCUGGGAGCUCAGGGCAAAAGCAUGGGGAGUGAAGUGAGCCUCUAUGAUUGUGACGACAAUAGUGACCUACAAAAGUGGGAAUGCAGGAAUGAAACACUGCUUGCCCUCCAAGGCGAUCCUCCGCUCUACAUUGAAAUCAAACCGGAUCAAUCAAUUGCUCUCUCCAAAUCUGUCGGGCCGAAUAAUCACAUCACAGUCGUAGGGACAUCCAGCGGUGCUUGUUCGAGAACAUACAGAGAACUGUUUACCAUUGAAGGCAAUGCAUUUGGUAGGAUCUGCAAGUUUCCCUUCCUGUACAAAGACCGGUGGUUUGGAGACUGCACUAUGUACGACUCCUCAACAAAGCGUCCAUGGUGUGCGGUUGAAACAAAAUAUGAACACCAACUGUUUGGAUACUGUCCUACUACUUCCACAGAUCACUGGAUGAAGAACCUUGCAACAGGAGCGUAUUACCAGCUCAACACACAGUCGGUUCUGACUUGGGCCCAGGCUGAAGCCAGCUGCAAACAGCAGGGGUCCUCCCUGCUCAGUAUCACCGAUCCUAACGAGCAGGCUUUUGUCUCAGCACUGUUGGGAUCAGGGAAACAUAAACUGUGGAUCGGGUUGGUGCUGGACCAAGAACAUGGCUGGCAAUGGUCUGAUUUGAAGCCCUUCCGUUAUCUGAGAUGGAGUACGGGACAUCCACUUCCUAAUCCAGGACACAACUGUGCAUUUCUUGACUCUGCCGGGCAGCACUCUUGGCAAAGUUCAUCCUGCGUCAAGAAACUGGGCUACGUAUGCUACAAAUCUGGAGUGCCGCCAACUGUUCCACAAAUUGAACAAGGAUUUUGUUCGACCCCUUGGAUUCCCUACAAUGGACACUGCUUCCACCUUCACCGUACUGCUCUAACAUGGUCUGACGCUCAGAGAGAGUGCCGCAAAGAAAACGGGGAGUUAGUGAACAUUCGCAACGUGGAGGACCAAAGCUUUGUCAUCUCGCAACUCGGAUACGCAUCCACUGACGAGCUUUGGAUCGGACUGAACGACAUAAGGACAGAGGGGCUGUUUGACUGGAGCGACCACUCUAUUGUCACCUUCACCAGCUGGCAGUUUGGGAAACCUGCUGCCGCCACUGAUGCAGACGACUGCGUUCUCAUCAGUGGAGAGAAUGGGAACUGGGUCGAUCGCUGGUGUGAUGAGAAACAUGGCUUUAUCUGUAUGAAGCAGAGCGCCACUGAAAGCACCGGAGAUGAAGUAGAUGUGGAUAUUGGCUGCAAAGCUGGCUGGAGAAGACAUGGCUCCUACUGCUACUUUGUAGGAACGGAGACAAAGACGUUCGAUGAAGCCAAAGAUGACUGCAAGAGCUCGGACUCGUACUUAGCUGAUGUUGCAAAUGGAGUGGACAAUGCCUUCCUUGUCAGCUUGGUGGGGAUGAGAGCAGAGAAAUACUUCUGGCUCGGCCUCUCAAACCAGAAAGACAUUGAUCUAUUUGUGUGGACCAACACAGACUCUGUGAGGUUUACUCACUGGAACGCUGAAAUGCCAGGUCACCAACAGGGCUGCGUCGCCAUUACAACUGGGAUUUUGGCCGGACUGUGGGAUGUGCUGCCCUGCAGCCAACGGGAGAAAUACAUCUGCAAACAUCUGGCAGAGGGGGCCGUUUUAACCCCUGCACCGCCGACUCAAACUCCUCCACAGUGUGAGGAGGGUUGGAGUCGAAUUGGAACAAGAAACUUCUGCGCUAAGUUUUUCACAGGACCUCGUGAUGAUGAGAAGACCUGGUUUGAGUCCCAGGAUUACUGCAGGGCCAUUGGAGGAGACCUGCUCAGCAUCCACACCAGUAAUGAGCUACAUAUGGGACGACAUGGAAGAGCCUGGAUUGGACUUCGCAUUCCUGACACGACCACUGGUUUUACAUGGAGUGAUGGAUCCCCGGUAAACUUCCUACACUGGCAGGAAGGAGAGCCAAACAAUCAUAAUGAUGACGAAUCUUGUACCGAGUUCAGAAUGUAUAACUCGAAUGACGCCGGGUCGUGGAACGAUGUCAACUGCGAGAGUUACAAUGACUGGCUGUGUCAGAUCCGCGCAGGAAUUACUCCAAAACUACCUCCCAAUAAUACUGCGGCAGACUAUAACACCACGUCAGACGGGUGGCUUGUGUGGAGAGGGAAUCAGUAUUUUAUUAACUCACACUCAAUGGCCAAGGACGAUGCUCGUCACUACUGUCAGCAGAGGCACGGCGACUUGGUAUCUGUCAGCAGCAAAGAAGAAAAUGCCUUCUUAUGGAAAAAGAUUUCCAGAAGCUAUGGGUCCUAUUAUAUAGGUCUGUCAGUAGAUCUCGAUGGGUCAUUUUGGUGGAUGGAUGGUUCUCCGGUGGCAUUACAAAGAUGGGACGUAGAUCAACCAAAUACUCAAGUCUAUGAUGAGAACUGUGUUACUAUGACUUAUUUUAUGGGCUUCUGGCGUACUUGUAAUUGUGGCCAAGAGCACCAGUCCAUUUGUAAACGAAGAAUCUCCGCACCUGUCAACAGCACUGUCGCCCCCACAGUUCCUCCUAAAGGUGGAUGUCCACUCAAGUGGACCAAAUUCGACACAAAGUGUUACAGUAUCAUCAAUAACCGGGAGGCCACCUGGGAAGAAGCAAGGAGACAGUGCAUUACCAUGGGAGGCAAUAUAGUCUCAAUUCCCACAAGGCGUGUGCAAGCAUUUUUGACGACUAAAUUGAUUGAAAAAACAACGAGAGAUUUGUGGAUUGGUUUGAAUAGUUUUAGACAAGAUGGAUUUUACUGGAGUGAUGGCAAAGCAAGGCAAUACACCAACUGGGGCAUAUCUAAACAUCGACGUCGUCCGGGGACCUUUUAUACAAGAUGGAAUGAGGAAAACUGUGUGGUGCUGUCCAGCAGUCUUUCCGUUGGUACCGGUAAAUGGCUUGUUAGGUCCUGCAAUGAAACCAAUGGAUUUAUCUGUAUUCGAGAUCUCGACCCACAUAUCCAGCCUCAACUUGAGCCAGCAGUCUCUGAAAUCUAUGUAAUGCUGGGAAAUGACAGCAUCCGGCUUGUAAAUAAAAAUCUGACCUGGGAAAAUGCCAAGAAGCAAUGUGAAGGUGAAAAAGCCAACCUGGCUAGUCUGCGAAAUGAGUGGUUGCAGGCCCACAUCGAGCUGCUGGCUAUGAAUUUCAAAGCUCCUAUUUGGAUCGGACUGAACAAACAGAAGACAUUCGGUUAUUUUAGGUAUGUUGAUGGCUGGCACCUGAACUUUGCCGGCUGGGCUGAAGGUGAACCGAGCAGGGACAGACCUUGUGUGUACCUGGAUGUGGAUGGAACAUGGAAGACUGCUCUCUGCAAUCAGACCAUGAACAGCGUUUGUAUGAAGUCUACAGAUUUGGCACCGACAGAGUCAACCUACUUCCCAGGGUUUUGCCCUGAACAGACGGUUGAGGAGUACAACCAUAAUAGUUACAGCUGGCUGCCAUAUAAAGGCCAUUGUUAUCUGUUUAUAACAGAUGAAAUUGAAUGGGCAGAUGCAGCUAGCAACUGCGUCAGGCAUGGAGGAAUCCUGGCUAGCGUUGAAGAUAAUGCUGAGCAAGAAUUCAUUAAAAACAAUCUGGAAAGAUUUCAAGAUGGCAACAGCGCUUUCUGGAUCGGCCUGUAUAAAACUCAUAAAGGGACAUGGAUGUGGUUGGACAAAACAGUCCUUAGUUUCACUAACUGGGCUGAAGAGGAGCCUGAGAACGACUUUGCAGAGAUAGAAACCUCAGAGGGGUUUUGGAGGACAGGUCGCAGAUGGCACGACAGAGGAUACAUCUGUAAAACCGCCAAAGUGAUGUUCAUAGAUUCAGGAUCAAAAUCUGAACCUCAUGGAGGUCAGGAUCCUCGCAGUCGUGUCCACACGACUUUGAUAGUCAUGCUGAUCGUUACUGCCAUUUCUACGCUGAUGGUCAUCGCAUUCUUCCUCUACAAGAAGUCUCCACUUCCCUUACCCACCUUUGACAAUCCACUCUACUUCGACAGAGAACGAUCCCAACCCGAUGUGGUCGAUACCAAUAAACUGAUAGAGAAUGCAGAAGUAGAAAACCCUGAGCCCAUUAUAACUCUGUGAUUUAUAAAGUAGCAGAAUCUAGUGCGACAUGCUGUAUCCCAGUCUCAUGUUUGAUGCUUCAUUUGUGGCUAUAUUCGGUAUAUAUUCAGUUAUUUAACAAUAUGUCACUAAGUGUGAGUUUCAAUAGAGUUGGUGAUGUCGGACCUCAUGGAACAGAACAGUUUAGGCUCGAGGAUGUCUCACUGGGAAUGAUUGGUAUUUGAUUUUGUCUUUUUAUCUAUGAUUGAAUGUAUAUAAUUGUUACAUGUUAUGUUUAUGCUCACUAGAUGCUGUUCAUUGCUUGUACUCUUGAAAUGUGUAAAAAAUCCUGUCACUGUUAAAUAAACUUUGAACUUGGUACUAAACAAUAAAUGGCAAUUUAUUGA